CUGUUAAAGCCGAGUAUCCUUUUAUGUUGGCUGCAAAAUGGAUCUUAAUCUGUCGAGUUUUUCUUCUGUUGGCAGGUAUCUUAUGUUAACGGCACAUGUCUUAUAUAUAUAUUUUUAGCGUUUGUCUCGUGAGGUCAGAUUUAAUUUGCUGAUUCAAUUGUUGUUUCGUUGGCCAGAGAUUAUGUUAUUUUUCUAGGUUUUGGUAUCGCUUUUUUGUCAUUUUUAUGUUUUAUGCUUUUGCGUCCGUUUACAAAAUCACCAAAGGACAGUGAGCGGGUGAGCGGCGCGAAGCGGAACGAACGAACCAGAACGAACGAACGAACCUGUACGAACGAACGAACUUAUACGAACGAACGAACUUAUACGAACGCCAACGAACGAACGUCAAAUCGGCGGUUCUUGCCGGUGGCUGCAGACCUGAAACAAUCCAAAACCGUUUUUAAAUACAAUGAGUAUUGGAUCCUGAACUCUGAAGCUCCACCGGUAAAAGUUUUGGAUUAGUUUGGUAUCGUCUUACUCCGGAAAUUAAGAAAUCAAGUUGAAUCCAAUGUUCGUCAGUACGAAAACUGCAAGAAGAAUCAACAAGGUGGAUUAAUUCGAUUCUGAUCUGUGUGAGAGGCACAGUAAGUUCUGCAAGACCUUCAAAUCUAUCAUCCCAAAAUCUAAGGUACAGUGACUUCAUAUUAUAUUCUUCGGCGUUCUUCAGCAACCUCACGGCUGUCUUCUGGAACCUGCUGGGUAGGGGUUCGGGCUUCUGUUGUUGGGUCAGCUUAGGCCUCUGUCUGUUGUUGAGCUGGUUUGAUUUUCUGUUGUUAACGAAUACGAUUACGAAUUGCGCAUUGCGACAUAGGGCGAGUAGUGCUACUAAGUACUAACUGAUCGGUAGUAAACGAACUUAUAUGUAUGUACACAAGAUCGAACAAGAUCACGUAUUGCUUGAUGUUGAGGUCUUGUAAUUUCGUUUAACUGAACUUUUAGUAGGUAAUUUGCGUGACAUGUAAUCACGUUCUCACUGUCCUUUUAUCCCUUUAGCCCAACCUUUUGUUAUUGUUUUUUUUGUUUUUACGUUUUGUUUUUCAUAAUUGCUUUAUUCUUAAUUCCUUUAUUCUCUUUGUCUUGUUAUUUUUAACAUAUUAUUAGCACUUAUCGGCUAGCCAUCUAUCGUUUACUAUUUCACCAUAUUUGGCUUAGCAUCCAUUUUGCAAGUCAGCAUACACUGCUACCCGGUGCUAUACACCCAACUUUUAAACAUGUCGGGAAAUUUCAACAAUAUAACUCGGGGGCAGUUGCGAAUACUGCUUGAUAAGAUGGGACAGGAUACACAAGGGACAAAAUCUGUUUUGAUUGAGAGACUUCAAACUUGCCUAAAGGAAGAUAAUUCUGCAUGCCGCUCAAAUAGCCCAGUCGUGCCUUUACAACCGGACGCUGAUGACGUGCCAAGGCUUAGCACAAGAUCACCAUUAAAACCUCCCGAUAUUUCUGGCCUCGAGGCAGCACGUAUUCAUUGGGAAGUAAGUUCACAAGCUUCGGCCUCGUCUUCGAUAGUCUCCGAAAGAGUACGCCGUGCAGGACUACAGGCUAGGGCAUCAUAUUUAGAGCAGAAACAUUUGCUAGAUCGCCAAGCGCAGGAACUUAAGGCUAGGCAGGAGAUGUUGGAGUUGAAAAUGCAAAUUGGGGAAGUCAGUGCGAGGGAAGCAGCGUUAGAAAGGGAGGAGGAAGGAAUUGCAAUGGGUUUUCAGGAAACUGAACGUGAUGACGCCGCGUUUCGGGAUAACGCGCCAAACAUGCAAUAUGUUUCUCAUUCUCCCUCAGCUCAUUCGCCCUCAGCAACUAGGGACCACUUAGAGGACGUUCAUGCCUCACAGUCAACCCAAUCGAACGUGCGUAGCGACAUAAAUCCUUCUUAUGACCUGGCUAGACGACUCCAUCUUCCUCCUUUGGAGAUUUCAACGUUUGAUGGAGAUUUAAGUAAAUAUAAAUGUUUCAUGCGGGCUUUUAAGUCAAAUAUUGCUACAAAGGUAGAUGAUGAAGAUGAAAAAUUGCAUUAUUUAUACCAAUACACUUCCGGACGACCAAGGGAGAUUGUCUCCACAUGCUUACACCUGCCACCAACGAGAGGGUUCGUGGAAGCGGUAAGUUUGCUGGAUAAACGUUACGGGUGUCCGUUUCAGGUGGCGUCGGGUCUGGUCGAUACCCUGAUACAAUGCCCCGCGGUGAGGCUCGAUGACGUCCAGGGAUUAGAAACGUUUGCUAUUCAGUUGAGGGGAACCAUGAAUGCCUUGUUAAGCCUCCCAUGCGGAACGGAUUCAGUCGACAUCAAAACCGUCCGUUUGCUCUUAGACAAACUGCCUUCGUUUUUUAAGGAUAAAUGGCGGAUCAAAGUCGAUGAUAUUGAACAAACAGAGCAGCGAAAAUCAGACUUUAGAGACUUUGUUUACUUCAUUGAAAGGGAGGCGCGCAUUGCAUCCAACCCGUCAUAUGGGAGACAUUUAACAAAUGUAACGAAAAAUUACCAAGAUAGAAAACAUGAAAGCAAAUAUCACGCGAGAGGGACACUUUUAGCCGGUAACGUCAGCUCUCAUCACUCCUCGUGUCUUUAUUGUCAGCAGGAUCAUGAAGUCGCCGAGUGUCCCGAGUUGAGAAUGCAGAGCAGAGAUGUCAAAAUGACGUUUAUACGGUCAAAUAAGCUUUGCUUUGGUUGUUUGUUACCGAAUCAUUUAAGCAAAUAUUGUGAAAAUAAAAAGAUUUGUACAGAAUGUGGGAGUCGGCACCCAACUAUCCUUCAUUUUGACCGAAAACAAACUCCACUCUCAACAGUCACUUUGGGCCAUAUUGCAUCAAGUGGAGGAGCAAAAUUGCAAGUCGUACCAGUGUGUGUUACGUUAUUCGGGGUGACGAAGUUCACGUCUGCCUUUUUGGACUCCGGCAGCACACAUUCGUUCAUUUCAAGAAAUUUACUCGCUAGUUUAGGGGUUGAACCAGCCGAAAGUACUUCAAUUACUCUUUCUACUAUCAACACAGAUCACAAAUUUGAAACAUGCGUUGUUUCGAAGGUUACCAUGGAGGAUUUACAACACAACAAUAAAUUAGAACUUCCUCCGUUAUUUGUUCUAAAUAAGAUCCCAGUGUCCAUCGAGGAUGCCCCGAACGUUAGAGAUUUAAACAAAUGGCCGUACUUGAGACAAAACGGGGUAUACUUAGAAGAAAACUUUAAGCACGACGUAGGCCUUCUACUUGGGAAUAAUGUGGCGGCGGUGAUGGAGCCGUUUGAGGUGGUUCCCAGUCAGAACGGCGGGCCAUUCGCCGUGAGAACCAGGUUCGGAUGGGUCCUAGGUGGGGUUGAUAAGGAUUCUCCGGUUCGUCUGAAAGUUAACCAAUUGCAAGUGGCUCCUGACGACGUUUAUGGUAAUAGGGCUGAAUAUCGGUUGGGUCUGUCCGCAGAAGACAUUAGGUGGCACGAAAUGGUAAAGGCAUCGUGCCAGCUGAUAGAUGGUCGGUACGAAAUAGCCCUGCCGUUUCGUGAUCCAAGUCUUAAACUUCCAAACAAUAAGUCUGUGGCUUAUAGGCGCCUUGUGCAACUGAAGCGCAGAUUCGAGAAUCAGCCCCAUUUCUUGAGAGAAUAUGCCAAGCAAAUUGAUAAACUGUUAGACAACGGCUACGCUGAAAGAGCUCCCGAUCUCUCGAGCAAUGCAGAAGGUAGGAUAUGGUUUGUGCCCCAUCACGGAGUCGAACACCCUGUUAAGAAAGGCAAAUUACGCGUUGUUUUUGACUGCGCUAGCUCCUUUCAAGGAAGAAGUCUAAAUGAGGAGCUUUUACAAGGACCUGACCUUACCAACACCCUGACAGAUGUUCUACUUCGUUUCCGACAAGAACCCGUUGCCUUCAUGGCGGACGUCGAGGGUAUGUUCUUACAGGUGAGGAUUCCCGAGAAACAACGUGAUUUUUUGCGUUUCCUAUGGUGGCCCAAUGGAAACAUCGCCUCGAAUCCUAAGGAAUAUAGGAUGACAGUUCAUCUUUUUGGCGCUGUUUCCUCUCCUAGCUGUGCAAAUUUUGCGCUUCGUCGCACCGCUCUAGACAAUGAACGGUUGUACGACCCAUUGGUGUCUAGGACAGUUCUUAAUAACUUUUAUGUGGAUGAUUGUCUUGCAUCGACUGGAAAAGAAGAUGUUGCUGUGAAGCUGGCAUCUGAUCUUAAGCAAUUGUGUCUGAGAGGUGGAUUUAAUCUCACCAAGUUUGUUAGCAAUAGCGUUACAGUUUUGAAAUCCAUUCCAGAAGUUGACUACUCGCCCGGUAUCCAAACACUAGAUUUGACAUCAGAUACUUUGCCUUCUGAGCGAGCCUUAGGCGUUGGCUGGAACGUUCGUUCUGAUCGCUUAGAAUAUCAAGUUGACUUGCAAAAAUUUCGGGGCAAGCCUGUCACAAGACGAGGGCUUCUGUCCGCCACAGCAGGUCUUUAUGAUCCACUGGGGCAUGUUGGUCCGUAUGUAAUGCGGGCCCGAAUGCUCUUACAAGAGCUGACUCGCCUUCGUUUAGGUUGGGACGAUGAGGUGCCAUCCCACUACCACAGACAGUGGAAGCAAUGGUUAGCAGAUCUAGAAUGUCUAUCCCAGUAUAGUCUUCCCAGGUGCAUAUGUUUCGGUGGCCUUUCCUCUGCCGUCCUCCUCGAGCUGCAUCACUUUUCGGAUGCCAGCGAAAGGGGGUACGGGGUGGCCUCGUACGUGCGAGCCGUCAAUGGAGACGGUCAACUGUCUUGCAAUCUUUUGGUCAGCAAAUCCCAUUUAGCACCAAUUAAGCCUCUCAGUAUCCCAAGGCUGGAGCUUUCUGCUGCAACACUAGCUGUCAAAGUCAAUUUAGAAAUACAAAGAGCGUUUCCAUUCGAUUUUAAGCCAGACAUCUUCUUCUGGACUGAUAGCACUACAGUGUUGAAAUAUAUACAAAAUGAGGCAGCGCGAUUUCAUGUGUUCGUGGCAAAUCGUUUGGCAGUUAUACGAGACGGCUCUUCAAUAGACCAAUGGCGAUGGGUUCCUUCGGAGUUAAACCCAGCCGACAUUUUGUCACGCGGGUGCGAUGGAACUACCCUUCUCAAAGAGUGUAUGUGGCGUCAAGGUCCAUCGUUUCUACUUGAAUCACGGGAGAAAUGGCCCCGAUUCCCUGUCUUAGAAGAUAAUGCAGAGGACCCUGAACUAAGAGUGACCACUGUUGCAUUAAACAGCCGAACAGAAAAUGAAACAAAGAUUCAAAAGAAUUCGAGCAUUCAAAAAUUGAUUGAUCAUUAUUCCUCGUGGCAGCGUUUGAAGAGAGCAGUUGCGUGGGUACGACGCGUUAUAGACACAUUGGCUGGUAAACAGAAAUCAGCACGAGCAUCAGAGCUGACUGUAACAGAGCUAAAGUCAGCCGAGAAUAUUAUCAUCAGGGAACUUCAGGGUCAGUACUAUGUGGAGGAGGUAGAGAAUCUGAAAGCAGGACGGGAAGUGCGGCGGUCCAGCAGCCUUGUGUCUUUGGACCCCACGUUGGAGGAUGGUCUUCUGAGAGUAGGAGGUCGUUUAGGGCACGCGAUGGGCGUGGCCUAUGAAAGUAAACAUCCUUUGAUUAUUCCAAAUAAAGGGCGAAUUCCGGAAUUAAUCAUACGGGAUAUUCACGAGAGGAUUGGCCAUGCAGGUCGUCAAUGUGUCCUGGCGGAAUUGCGUAAGAGCUUUUGGCUAAUCAAAGCCAAUACGGCGGUUAGGAGAUGCCUCCACCAAUGCCUCCGCUGCCGCAGGCUUUUUCGUACUACGGAGACGCAAAAAAUGGCUGAUUUGCCUGCAGAUCGAAUACAGCAAAGUGAGCAGCCAUGGGUGAGUACCGGGGUAGAUUAUUUUGGACCAUUCUAUACCAAGAGAGGGCGUGGACAGGUCAAACGUUACGGUGUCAUUUUUACAUGCUUGGCCAUUCGCGCCGUCCACCUGGAAGUAGUCGAAAGUUUGUCGUCCGACUCUUUUAUAUGCGCCCUCAAGCGCUUCGCGGCCAGGCGGGGCUCACAAAUAAGAAUCAUGCGUUCUGACAACGGGACAAAUUUUGUGGGAGCGGAUCGUGAGCUGAAAAAAGAGCUCGAGUUUCUUGUUCAGCAUGAGGCCCAAAUUCGGAGAGACUUGAUAAAUCGAGGUAUUGAAUGGCGUUGGAACCCUCCUGGUGCCUCUCACUUCGGAGGCGCAUGGGAGCGAUUGAUUAGGAGUGUUCGUAAGAUACUGAGCGGUUUACUCAGGGAGCAAACAUUUACUGACGAAACACUAACCACAUUCCUUUGUGAAGUGGAAAGCAUUAUGAAUAAUCGACCCUUGGUACCAGUGACAAGUGACCCUCGAGACGACCUGCCGCUAACGCCCAAUCACUUGCUGCAUUUACGUUCUGUUUUGCUACCAGCCUCAAUGGUGACAGAUAUAGAUGCGUUUAGCAAAAAGAACUGGAAACGAGCAUCGUUCCUUGCAGAGCAGUUUUGGCGACGUUGGCGUGCGGAAUAUCUCCCAUUACUUCAGCCAAGGGCCAAGUGGUCAAGGCUCCAGACAAAUUUGCAGGUAGGCGAUGUGGUGCUUAUUGUUGACAGUUCAGUUCCGCGGGGUGUGUGGCCUCUUGGCUUGAUAGAAGAGGUCAGAACAAGCACUGACUCGAGGGUACGAUCCGUCAAAAUCCGGUGUAAAGGUACCACGAUUUGGCGGCCUGUUCAAAAGCUAGUUAAAAUCACGGAAAGUUAAAAAUCUCUCAAUCUGAAUAAAUUUGAUCCCAUAGUAUCAAAUGGGCCGGGUGUUAAAGCCGAGUAUCCUUUUAUGUUGGCUGCAAAAUGGAUCUUAAUCUGUCGAGUUUUUCUUCUGUUGGCAGGUAUCUUAUGUUAACGGCACAUGUCUUAUAUAUAUAUUUUUAGCGUUUGUCUCGUGAGGUCAGAUUUAAUUUGCUGAUUCAAUUGUUGUUUCGUUGGCCAGAGAUUAUGUUAUUUUUCUAGGUUUUGGUAUCGCUUUUUUGUCAUUUUUAUGUUUUAUGCUUUUGCGUCCGUUUACAAAAUCACCAAAGGACAGUGAGCGGGUGAGCGGCGCGAAGCGGAACGAACGAACCAGAACGAACGAACGAACCUGUACGAACGAACGAACUUAUACGAACGAACGAACUUAUACGAACGCCAACGAACGAACGUCAAAUCGGCGGUUCUUGCCGGUGGCUGCAGACCUGAAACAAUCCGUGAGUUUUCUUUGCGUUUAUGUGUUUGUGUGCUAUGUGUUUCGUUUUAUUUGGUUACUACUUCUAUCGUACUUAUAUUUGGUUACGUCUUAUAUCGCUACUGACUGUCUUUUUUAAUUGUCAUACUUAUGGACCUGUUGGUGUUUUGUUUCUUGCAGAAAACCGUUUUUAAAUACAAUGAGUAUUGGAUCCUGA